AUGGAUCCGGCUUUAUUGCAACCGUCACUCCACCAGGCAAAGGCCGAGGACGUAAAGCCGGCUGCUACCACCGCCGGCACGACCCCUCAGACGACCAAACCGCCCGUCACGAAUGGUUCGUCGGCCACCGAAGGUCGUACCGCCGCUGACUCGUCUGCUCCCACAGCGCAGGAAGACGACGCCGAUGCUUCUGAUACUGGUGGGGACGGAGUGAAGAGGCCGCGCCUUCGGUUGGCCCACGCCUGCGACCGGUGUAGGAAACGCAAGAUUCGUUGCGACACUCAGCAGCCCUGCGGCCCCUGUUCAGCUACGAAGAACGAAUGCACCUUCAACACCCCGAGCCGACGAGUCGCGAAGCCCAAGGGCGAGGCGCGGUCAUCGUCGACAUCUGGUGUCAAGCGCCCUCACUCGCCCACCCGAUCUGGCGGCAACUCACAGUACCAGGCGUCGCUCGAAGCACGAUUGGCCACGCUAGAGGCACUGCUUCGAGACGUUCCCCCUAACGUUCAUAACGCAUACCUCUCUACCCUUGACGCACGACUUGGUGCUGGACAGGGGGUCGGCAUGGCUCAAGGCAAGGGCGACGGGGUUGGCCUUUCGGCAGAAGCUCUGGCCGCAAGUGGGCCUAUGCUCGGGGGAUCUGCCUUCUCAUCGGCAUUUGCCGGUCUCAAGGGUGAUACAACACUGGCACCCGCCUGGACUGCCCCGACGAGUUUGACUGGCGCAUGGGCCGGUGGCCGCAGCCUGCGUCGACGAGAAGGCAACAUCGAAGACGUCACUCGCCGCAUGGAGACCUUAUCUUUCUUCUACGAGGACGAAAUCGGUCAAGCGAAAUGGCAGGGCGCCACCUCUGGCUUCCCUCUGCUCGAAAUCCUCACUGCGGCUAAGACUCAGAGCGAGGAGGAGAUGUCGCCGGAUACCUCGUCGCCUUCGUCCACCGAAGCCGCUGGCAACCAGCCGGCCGCCGCGCCGUCGCCGCAGGACCGCGUUGGGCGCCGCGGGACUCCCCACUCGGUCGCUGGCGGCGGGGGCCGCAGUGCUUCCGUUGGUGCAAGCAAGCGGUCUUCCAGCACUCCGCCUAUGAAGGACCGCUUCUUCCCCGACCGAACCCCUCGCCCUCACCAGACGUUGAACCCGGAGGCCAGCUGGAAGGUGAUCACCGGAGUUAUUCCGCCUGAUCUUAUGGACACGCUCGUGCGCUGCUAUCUCAGCACGAGUCACCUCCUGUGGCCCUUCCUCCACGUUCCCUCUUUCCUGGCUGAUUACGCCAACCCGCAGCAGUGGGGCGAGCCCGGUUUCGCGUGCUUCAUUGUUGCCGUGUGCACGCUUUCGUCUCGUCAUGUCGACGACCCUCGCGUCCGAGCGAACCCCUCAGACCCCUCCACCGCCGGAAAACAGUACUUUGAGCUGUUCAAGCGGCUACGUGACCUUCCUUCUGCCGACCGCCCCACGCUCUACUCCAUCCAGGCAGCGUUCUUGGCAGCUAUCUACGCCUUCGGUCUUGGUAACCUGAGCAAGGCGUUUGCGCUUCAGGCUGAGAGUGUCACGCUGUGUCUCGAUGGAGGCCUUCACCGCAGCGUCGACAGCUACGACCACUUCAACCCUAUCGAGUGCGAAACGCGAAAACGAACUUUCUGGUCGAUUUAUUCGUGGGACAAGCAGUCAGCCGCCCUCUUCGGUCGACCGCCCAUCAUCCACCUGCGCGACUGCGAUGUGACUGAGCCGAUGAUUAUCGACGACGAGAACCUGUCGGCCGACGGCGCCAAGGAGCAGAAGAACCCGGAGCAGAGCCGUAUGUGCGCUUUCGUCGCUGCCAUCCGAUUGCACGUUGUGCUGGAGGGUGUCAUCGACUCGUGUGUUCACCCAUCUUCAUUCCCAUCGUCGCCGUUCCUGGCUCAAGCGAGCGCCACUAUCUGUCGCCGAACGCCCCAGAACGAGUCACUCGGUGACGAGGAGAAGCUGCUGGAGGAGUGGUCUCGCAUUCUCCCGAAAUACUGGGCGUACGACGCGGAGACUGCGGCGUCUCGCGACCCCAUCCGUAUCACGCAGGCUGAGCGCCUGCACUGUCUCGAGCAUCUCGUCAAGAUGAUCAUUUACCGCCAUCGCUUCUCCGGCUUCGUGACUCAACCCGCCUCGACCGUGGAGGAGAUCGCCCGCCAUGUCGAAUGCUGCCGCCGCGCUAUGCAGUGCGCCCUGACUAUCAUCGCUGAUCACGUUCACAUCAGUCAGCGCGGCAUGAUGACCUACUAUGGUGUGCACGUCAUUCACCAGCUGGCUCAGGCUGGCCGUACGCUUGUGGCUGUCAUUCUGAACUGCAAGAACCCCGAGUUCAAGGCGCUCAUCGCCCCUUCGGUUGAGGGUCUGCGCUCGUGUGUUGGUCUACUCCGACGCUUCAGUGGUCGCUACCUGUGUGGUCUGCGCAGCGCGGAUAUCAUCGACGAGUUCUGCCGAGUGUGCAACAUUCCUGUCGACUCCCCUCGUGUUCCAGACUCGGCCGGUCGACCUUCGCCUGCUUGGCUCCGACCCGUCCGCAGGCGCGCUUCUGUCUCGCCCGCACCGUCUGGCUUGCGCAACAGACUGCCCAGCGACUUCGGCCAGGACAUUAUGUCCGCCCAGCCGGAUCUCACGGCGGCGCAGAUGCCAGGAGAUCUCGAAUCGGUGUUCAACACGUCUGAGUACUUCGACUCUGGUCCGAUGGAUAUCUCCACGUCGCCGGUCAAGAAUGGCACCGCGCUUCCGUCCACCAAUGGCAACAACAACGCUUCCACGACUACGGCUAAUGCCACUUCCAACCUUAACGGCAUCAAUGGGUCCAAUGGCGUCAAUGGUGUCAAUGGCUCAACUGGAAACACCAGCGGUUUCGGUGCCGGGCCUACACUGGGUGAACCGACCGCUGCAUUCGAUCGACUGGAAACCCUCUCUCCCAACGAGAACCUUGGAUCACUUGGCAACGCCACGUUGCAGCAGUACAUCAACUCUCACGCGAACUCUAACGGUUCGACGGCCAUGGAGGGUGUACAGUUCACGAAUGGCGACGGUACCGACGGAGCGCCCUCGACCGCUAUGGACAGUGUAGGCGACGGGCUGCAGGGUGCUGCCAGCGGAGGACUGUCGGCCGCGACGAUUUUGAGUCUUCUUGAAGAGGGCACCUUCGAUUACGGGUCAAUCUUUACCGACCAAGCGCCGCUUCCCGACUUCGACUUCACCACCGGAAUGAUCUCCGAGAAUGGCACCUCGACUUGA